AUGAACGACGUUGAAAAAGUCGAGAUAGGAAAAGAAGAGGAAAUAUACAAUCCUCAAGUUGCACAUGAGAAGAAACCAAGACAAGGAAAAGAGUUCAAAUCUUUAGAUGAUUCUUAUAAAUUUUACAAUAAGUAUGUACGAGAAGCCAGUUUUAGUGUGCGAAUAGAUAAGAGUAAGAAAAAACAAGGGACCGGUGAAAUAUAUUGGAAACAAUAUGUUUGCUUUAAAGAAAGUGAAACAGAUGAAACUUACAAAAGGAAAAAGGAGAAAGAAAUCGAGAUGAAUGAGAAUCUCAAAGAUGGCUGGAAAGCAAGGUUAACCGUAGUUAAGCGUGAAGAACAUUAUGUGGUCACUCAUUUCAUUAAGGGUCAUAACCAUCCACUUGCAACCCCAAGCAAAGUACAUUUACUAAGGUCACAUCGUAAUGUUUCAAAUGCAAAGAGAAAAUUGACUCAACAAUUAGCAAAUGUAAAUGUACCCAUAUAUCAACAGUUUGAUAUUUUGGAGACACAAGCAGGAGGAAUUCAAAAUGUUAGAUAUACAGAAAGAGAUCUUAGAAACUAUGAGCGUGAUAUAAGGGAAAAACUUAAGGGUCAUGAUGCACACAUGAUGAAUGAGUACUUUUUAUCAGAAAAAGAAAAGAAUCCUUCUUUAUUUUUUGAGAUUGACACUGAUGAGAAUGAUAGAAUCAAUCGAUAUUUUUGGGUUGAUCCGCAUGCAAGGAAGGCGUAUAACUUUUUUAAUGAUGUAGUUGUGUUUGAUAUGACAUAUAACACAAAUCGUUAUAGCUUGAUAUUUGCUCCACUUACAGGAGUCAACCAUCACGGAAAGACAAUCAUUUUUGGAUGUGGUUUUUUAAGUGACGAGACUACUGAAUUAUUUGUCUGGUUAUUUGAAACAUGGCUCAAAGCAAUGCCAAAGGGUCCACCAAAUGUUAUUAUCACUGAUCAAGACUCAGCAAUGGCAAAGGCUAUAUCUCAAACUCUUCCACACACCCUUCAUAGAUAUUGUAUCUGGCACAUAUUAAAAAAUUUUCCAGAGAAGUUAGACUCAAUAAUGUUCCGAGAUCAUUAUUUCCUUUAUCAAGCAUCCAUAUGGAAAUCGGACACAACUGAAGAAUUUAAAGAAAGCUGGAAAAAUGCAUUGGAAAAAAGUGGACAACAAGGUAAUGAUUGGUUGAGAACGAUGUAUGCAUUAUGUGAUAAGUGGGUUCCUACAUAUGUUAAUAAGUUUUUUUCUGCUCGAAUGUCUAGUAGCCAAAGAGCAGAAAGUGCACACUCAUUCUUCAAGAAAUUAACUAUUUCAACGGAAAAUGAAAAUCAAUGCUCUUAUGAGGCUAAGGUGGUAAAUGGAGGCUCUGAAGUGCGCCGAGUUGUGUAUGAUAAGAUUAAUGAAGAAGUUAAAUGCAGUUGCCAGUCUUUUGAAUUUGAAGGUAAAUAUGGUGUGGAGAUUAAAGAUGUGCAAGAUAAGUUAGUUAUGGUUAGGCGUACCAAAUUAUUACAACUUGCAUCGACAAUAGUUGAUGAAGUUGUUAUCUUAGAAGAAGGGACUGAGCUACUCACAAAGACAUUGGAAACAGUUUAUGAACAACUUAAGGUCAUGAAUUCAAGCCAAGAUGCUGAAAAUAAUGGGUUUGAAAAAGAAAAGCAAUGGGACAUGCUUCAACAAAGAAUUUUUAACGAUUCCCUACAAGUUAGAGCAAAAGGAUGUGGCAAACAUUUGAGGUCAUGGAGAGAGAAAGGAAAGUCAAAACGUAGGCAUUGUCAUGGUUAUGGCAAAGUUGGACAAUCUCACGAUAAAAGAAAUUUUUCGAAACUUAACAAUACAUCAAACAUAAAUAGUGAUGAGGAUAUCGCUUCUGAGUCUAAACAUACUGAUCAUGACACAAGUGACUAA